AUGCAUCCAAAUGAGCAAUUUUUCAUGGUUACAAACAACGAUGAGAAAUUUAUCGAGGAGGAACAAGAGGAUAUUGACGCAAGAGUUUUAGAUGAUGUAGACCGUAUAGUAAUCGCCGGAAUGAAUACGGAUGAUUUUUCGUCUAUCAAUUUUUGUCUCUAUGAUUCCUCUACAUGUGGAUUGGAAACAAAUCAUCUCAUUCCAAUAUCAAGUUUCCCUUUGUCUUUUGAAGUAAUCGCAUCCCAGGAGAAGGAACCAUUGCUGGCAGUUGGCUCCUUUGAUCCUACAAUUGACCUUUGGAAUUUGAGAAGUAUUAACCAAUUUACACCACAGGCAUCCCUUGAUUCGCAGUCUUCCGUAUUAUCACUAUCGCAUUCAAAACAUUUGAGGUUAGACUUUUGCUCAUAUCUUCACACUAUUUGUUUUUACAUUUUAGCAUCUCUUUAUUCGUUAUUUAGACAACUUCUUGCAUCUGGAGACUCCGACAAAGCUGUAAAAAUUUGGGAUUUGAAUGAGAGUUCAGUCUUACAGACAUUUUCGCAUCACAAGGGGAAUGUACAAGUUGUUUUAUGGCAUCCUAAUGAUCCAUCACUACUCUUGUCUGGCUCAUUUGACAAAAAGGUUGCCAUUUUGGAUGUCAGAGAACCUAAGCCAUCUGCAAAGGUUAAACUGGACUCGGAUGUUGAAUGUGCCAUUUGGGGUGAAGACUUUAUUGUGGCAAGUACUGAGAAAGGGUACAUUACGCUCUAUGAUUUCAAGGCCGAUAAAAAGGUUUGGAGCAUCAAAUCGCACAAGAAACCAUGUUCUUCACUUUUCCUUGAGCGAAAUUUGCUUGUAUCCUGUGGGUUGGAUUCCAAGGCAAAUGUCUUCAAAUUCAGUCGUGAAAGUGAACCGACAUUGGUAGAGUCCAAGAAUCUCAAGGCAGGUCCAUUGUUUUCAAUGGAUAAGUCAGAAGACGACAAGAAUUUGCUCAGUUUUGGUGGAGAAUGCGUUGUCAUUUGGGAUCUGGAGACUAUUGACAAGUUGAAUGAAAUUUUGGCAUGA